AUGUCUCACGAAGAAGAUUUGAUCGACUACUCCGAUGAGGAGAUCCAGACCACGACUGCGCCCGCUGUCGCAGCUGCCCCCGCCGAUGCCAACGGCGACGCGGAUAAGAAGGGCGACCUGACCGUCUCUGGUGGUCGUCCCGACAAGAAGGGUAGCUACGUCGGCAUCCACUCGACCGGUUUCCGUGAUUUCCUGCUCAAGGGCGAGCUCCUGCGUGCUAUUACCGACUGCGGAUUCGAACAUCCUUCGGAGGUCCAGCAAGUCUGCAUCCCGACUGCAAUUUUGAACGUCGAUGUUCUUUGCCAGGCCAAGUCCGGUCUCGGUAAGACCGCUGUCUUUGUUCUCACCACUCUGCACCAGCUGGAGCCUGUUCCCGGCGAGUGCUCCAUCCUGGUCAUGUGCCACACCCGUGAGCUGGCCUACCAGAUCAAGAACGAGUACGCCCGUUUCUCCAAGUACCUGCCCGAUGUCAAGACUGCUGUUUUCUACGGUGGUACCCCCAUGCAGAAGGACGUCGAGCUCCUUGCCAACAAGGAUACCCACCCUAACAUCGUUGUCGCCACUCCGGGUCGUCUGAAUGCCCUGGUCCGCGAGAAGAAGCUCUCUCUGCGCAAUGUUAAGGCCUUUGUUCUGGAUGAGUGUGAUAAGAUGCUCGACCAAAUCGACAUGCGCCGCGAUGUUCAGGAGAUUUUCCGUGCCACCCCCGCCGACAAGCAGGUCAUGAUGUUCAGCGCUACCCUCUCCCAGGAGAUCCGCCCUAUUUGCAAGAAGUUCAUGCGUAACCCUCUGGAGGUCUACGUCGACGAUGACACCAAGCUCACCCUGCACGGUCUUCAGCAGUACUACAUCAAGCUCGAUGAGAAGGAGAAGAACCGCAAGCUGAAUGAGCUUCUGGACAACCUUGAGUUCAACCAGGUUAUCAUCUUCGUCAAGAGCACUCUUCGCGCCAACGAGCUGGACAAGCUGCUCCGCGAGUGCAACUUCCCCAGUAUCGCUGUGCACUCUGGUGUCAGCCAGGAGGAGCGUAUCAAACGCUACAAGGAGUUCAAGGAGUUUAACAAGCGUAUCUGUGUUGCUACCGAUGUCUUUGGCCGUGGUAUCGAUAUUGAGCGCAUCAACUUGGCUAUCAACUACGAUCUGCCUGCUGAUGCUGACUCUUACCUCCACCGUGUCGGUCGUGCUGGUCGUUUCGGUACCAAGGGUCUCUCCAUCUCCUUCGUCAGCAACGAGGAUGAUGAGAAGGUCCUCAAGGACAUUGAGAAGCGUUUCGAGGUUGCUCUGCCUGAGUACCCCGAGGGCGGUGUUGACUCUACCACCUACAUGGCUUAA